AUUCUCAUUAUUGGGUACACAAACUUCUCUUUUUUUCAGAAAAUGGACAUUCAUAAAUUAGACAAUCGUGUUAAAAAUGAAAUUAUUAUUUUAGAAAAGCAAUUACAUCCUGAAUGUGGUAAUACUUUUGUUAAAAAACUUAAUGAAUUAGCUCCUCCAAUUUCUCAUUUACGAAUUUUUGUUGGUGCUUGGCGACCGUUAAGACGUUACAAUUGUGUGGUUGACAGAGGUGGACAAGAGGUAAAUUACAUUGUUGAUUAUUUCAAAGACGAAGAAUCUUUGUUGAAAGUUCAACAAAAAGGAUGGAAAUUGUCUAAUUUUGUUGAUCGAAUGUGGAUUAGAUAUUUUCGAUUUAAACGAAAUUUUUUGGAUAGAGGUUUUUUGGAAUGGUGA